GACUCUCUCCUCUAGCUUCCUCUCUUCCUCUCUCUCUCUCCUCUUUCAGUGUUCGUUCGAACGCGGCCCGGUACGGUUCUGCUGCCCCCGGUGGUGUCGAAGGGUCACCCGCCUCGAUGAUGAUGGGAGCUCACUGUCGCGGUGGUAUUGGCGGGUUCCCUCGGUAGCCGGUUCCCGAAUGUACCUACCUCAGGGUGGCCCGCAGUGGCGGUUCUAGCUCUCCGUCUACCUCGGCGAGAGGAUCGGUGUGCGAGGGUAUAUAGGUGUGUGCGAGUUUUACGGGGCGAGAGAGAGAGAGAGAGAGAGAGCGAGUGUGCGUGAAGAGGGAAAAGGAUCAGGACAGUGAGAGACAGAAAGGGAUCCUCCACCGAACGAUGUUGAGGAUUUCGAUCAGAGAGAGUUGAAAUUGCCGGUCCGGGAUCGUCAUCGACUUGGUGCUAUAUCGGUUGUUGUUGCAAAACAUAGCAUCCCCAUUUCUCCCCGAAGCGAGGCUGCGUCGCGCGUCGAAUUUCGUUGGAGGGUUUCUUUUUUCCGAGAUCAAAUCAGUGUGCGAUAGAAAAAAAAAGCAGCAACUUUUCCGUCUCAAGCAGAAACCCGCCUCUUGUUUCUUGCUCCCUGGAAAGGGGAGUGAACUCUCUCUCUCUCAUCCCUAAAGAGCGAGUCACGUAUAUAUCGAGAGAGAAACACGCCGGGAUAAGAAAAGUUGCUCGCCGCUCUGAAUGAAGAACGAGACUCCCGGCGGAUUUGUAUUCCCGUGGAGACGACAAUCGAGUUACUAGAGGAUCCAAUCGCGAUUUUCCAACAUGCCCGGGAAUUACUCGGUGAAGUGCGAGCCGGGUCUGAUGAUACCCCUCUGGCGCCCGGAGGAGAACCUAUACCUGAUCGAGAUCGUCUUCCGGGGCCUGGUGUACUUCUUCCUGCUGUUAUACCUGUUCAUCGGCGUCUCGAUCAUCAGCGACCGCUUCAUGGCCGCUAUCGAGGUGAUCACGUCCAAGGAGAAGGAGCUGGUGGUGCGCCGUCACGGUAGAGAGCCCCAGAUCGUGAUAGUCCGAGUUUGGAACGAGACGGUGGCGAAUUUAACCCUGAUGGCGCUCGGUAGCAGCGCGCCCGAGAUUUUGCUGUCCAUCAUCGAGAUCUGGGCGAAGAACUUCCAGGCCGGCGAACUCGGCCCGGGAACGAUCGUCGGCUCCGCCGCCUACAACCUCUUUGUCAUCAUUUCCCUGUGCGUGUUCGUGAUCCCGAACGGCGAGACCCGGAAGAUCAAGCACCUCCGCGUCUUCUUCGUCACCGCGACCUGGAGCAUCUUCGCCUACGUCUGGCUGUACAUCAUCCUCGCGGUCUCCAGUCCGGGUGUGCUCGAGAUCUGGGAGGGUAUCCUGACCUUCCUCUUCUUCCCGGCCACCGUGCUGACUGCCUGGGUCGCUGAUCGUCGAUUGCUCAUCUACAAGUACCUGCACAAGGGCUACCGGAUGAACAAGCGGGGUGUGAUCGUGCAGGCGGAGGCCGGAGAUUCCGAGAUAGGAGUGGAGCUGGAGAUCAAGCCGCAGCAAGAUGGUCUCCACGGCAUGAUGGACCGCCUGGCCGACAUCGACUCCCCCGAAGCGAAGGAGUUCGAGCAAACGCGAAGAGACUACAUCAAUACUCUGAAGGAGCUGCGGAAGAAGUAUCCGAUUCUACCCCUGGAGCAACUCGAGGUUAUGGCUCAUGAGGAGGUGCUGGGCAAGGGCCCGAAGAGCCGGGCCUUCUACCGGGUGCAGGCUACGAGGAAGAUGGUGGGCGCGGGCAACCUCAGCAGGAAGAUCAGCGAAAGGGCGCAGAGCGACCUCAGCGAGGUCAAGGCCGAGCUGCAGAAGGCGGAGGCCGAGAGCGUCGACAUCGAGAACGUCAAUGCCACGAGAGUGUUCUUCGAGCCUGGCCACUACACGGUGAUGGAGAACGUCGGGACCUUCGAGGUGGGAGUCACCAGGGCCGGGGGCGACCUUAAUAAGGUCUGCAGCGUGGAUUAUUGCACGGAGGACGGCUCCGCCGAGGCGGGUUCCGACUACGUUAGCGCCAAGGGCACCCUGACCUUCGAGCCCGGCGAGACCAAGAAGACGAUCAAGCUUUCGGUCAUCGACGACGAGCUGUUCGAAGAGGACGAGCAUUUCUACGUCAGGCUCAGCAACGUAUCGCAGCCGGCGAUGCUCGUCUCGCCGAGUCUGGCGACGGUGAUGAUCCUGGACGACGACCACAGCGGUAUCUUCGGCUUCCCGGAGAGAGACGUGGAGCUGGUGGAGAGCGUGGGGCAGUAUCCUCUGCGGGUGGUGCGCUACAGCGGGGCCCGUGGUCGCGUCGUCAUCCCCUAUCGCACCGUGGAGGGCACCGCGAAGCCGGGCAAACAGUACAUGCACAUCGAGGGCAACCUGACCUUCGAGGAUAAUCAGACAGAGUGA